GUUUUUUGUUUUGGUUUUGUUUUGCAUUGGCAUUCGGUUCUUGCUUGUGCUGGCAAACUGAGAAGAGCGUCGGUCAUGGCCUACUCGCUCUGUCCACUGUUGCUCUUGCUGUUGACCAGCUGUUCCUGGUCUUCGUGCCGAGGCCAGGUGCUUCCGAGCGAAGCUUUGCUGCGAUGGAGCGCGUACGAAAUGGGAGCCAUGAUAUCUUGGAAUAUUGACACCAUGGACGGCAUCCAGGGCUGUAACAUACACAUGCCUGCACUGCCGGAACCGAAGCUCUUCGAUACGGCAGUGAACGUUGACUUUGAAUCAUGGGCUAAGGUCAUGCAGUCCGUCGGAAUCCGCUAUUGUGUGCUGACAGUGAAACAUGGCUGUGGAUUCACACUCUGGCCGAGUAAGGUCACCGGUAUCUCUGGACUGCCCGUGUACAACUACACGAUCGCAAACAACCCUCUUUUUGCCAAGCGUGACCUACUUGCUGAGUUUGUAGCAGCUAUGCACAAGUACAACAUUCAGCCAGGUUUCUACUACAGCUUGGGUAGCAAUGUCUAUUUGGGUGUUGCUAGUGGUAAAGCCAGCCCUCCUUCCACUAAACCCAUUCCAGGACAAAUCAUUCUUGAGCAAGACGCCUACUAUGAAGUGGUUUAUCAACAUAUGAUUGAGCUUCUGUCUGCGUAUCCAAACGUUACGGAGAUGUGGUAUGACGGCGGUGUUCCUGAGCCCAUCCAUGCCAGAUUGGUCGCUGCCUACCAGAAGUACGCGUCGGAGACUGUCGUGUUCCAAGGAUUUGGCUUGACACCGAACGCGGUGAGAUGGGUGGGCACGGAGAGUGGCCACCCUACCCGGGAUAUGUGGUCAACUUCUGACGCGGCCGGUGGUCCCAGCGUCGACGGCGACUACUGGUAUCCAGCGGAGUGCGACACCACCAUGCAGAACCAUGACAAUUGGUUCUUCAACAAGGACGCCGGCUCUCGCUCCCUGGAGGAGAUGAAGAGCGUGUACCACGACACGGUGGGUAACAACUGCAACCUCAUGCUGAACCUUGCGCCUGACACCACCGGCACCGUUCACUACCUGAAACGUACCGCGCUCUCGGCGACUUCAUCUCCAUGUGUUACCCUAGCAACGUCAGCCAUUACGCUGCGCACGUCGUCAAGCCGACGCCGAUCGGCAACGCGACGUUCACGCUCAAGGCGGGCGCGGCCGUGGCCGCCGACCGCGUCGUGCUGAUGGAGAAUCAGACGGGAGGCGAGUGCGUUCUGGAGUACAUGACGCAAGUCUACUCCGGCGGUGACCUGCUGCAUAUGGUUCCGGGCAAGUGGCUUGGGCACAAGCGCAUCGUUCUCCUGCCCAAGACAUACCACGUUGACCAUGUGGUUGUGUCCGUCACCAAGCAGCGUCCCAACUGCCCGCCGCAGCUCGAUCUCAUCGCCCUGGCACAGUGUGGCGCCUUCUAGGCUCUUGGUUGUAUUUGUAUUUAUGGAUUCUCCGUGGGGCGUGUAACUCACACGUCCACACCGGAUUAGUACUCGUGGCCCGUGCAACAUAGGGGGCCACGAAAUUGCACGAAUGCGAACCAGCGUGUGUUCGUUUUAGCUUUGGCGAACUGCUAGUCUACCGCAAUUCCUGUGCCUUUCUCUUUCACUCUUUUACUCGUCAACAUUAGACAUAGGGCUGAAACGGUUAUGGUUUCUAAUUGAUCGGCUAACCGGAAUCCUAACGCUCAACCAAACUGUUUUAACCUCAACUGCGUUUCAUCUUCUCUCUCUUUCACUCUUUCGCUAGUCAAUAUUUGAACUAGGGCUGAAACGGUUAGAGUGUUCAGCUGAUCGGCUAACCGGAAUCUUGGCGUUUAGCCGCACGGUUCCAACUUACAGGCGCAUACCCUAAUUCCAUGUGCCAUUGUGUUUA